AUGGUGCAGACGGCGCGUGGGGCCAGGCAACAGCGCCACAGGCGAGCGGGAGCAGGGAUCGAGCUGCUCUCCCGCGAGGUCAACGCCUCCUCGCUUCGAUCGAGCGGGAGCGUGGACAGGCGAGCGAGCAGCUGCGGCGGCGGCCCGCGCGGGGGCGACCUGGGCGUGGUGGUGGGCUGCGGUGGCGGCCACGCAUGGGGGCGGCCCAGCAAGGGGCCGGCAGCCCACUGCGGGCAGGCAGCGGCGUGGGGUGGCUGGCCUACUGCGGGGAGCAGCUGGGCUAAGGACUGGGGCGCGGCCCAGUUGCGGGUGCAAGGUGCGGCGCGGGGCGGGCCGGAAGGUGGGUUGCGGCCCACGUGCGGGAGUAGGCUGAAGAGAUGA